AUGGGUGGCGGCGGAUCAAAGGCGGUGCAGAAGGGCGCCGCCAGGGCGGCGGCGGCGGCACCCAAGCCGCCGCCUAGCGCCGCUGCUGCCACUGGCGGCGCAGUGGAUGCUGAGCGGCAGCGAGAGGCCAAGGUGCGGCAGCGGCAGGCCGCGGCGGCCUCGCUCCCUGCCGAGCAGCUCCAGGAGAACGAGGGCCUGGUGCGGUCGAUGAACAAGGCGAUGGCGGGGAUGAGGCAGUACCAGUACGAACUGUACCGCAACCCAGAGGUGGACAAGCGGUAUGCGUUGCGGAGGAAGAGCAAGGAGGAGAAGGAGGCUGAGCUGGUGGGCAGGGUGGACCUCAAAGUGGCCAAGCAGCUGCUGGAAGACCAUGCGCGGUCGGUGGAGCGAGGCAUGCCGCUGUCGGCGGCGGAGCUGGCGCGGCGGUACGGGGCGAGCGAGGAGGUACUGGAGCAAGUACUGCAGCAGAUCAGCCUGCCCAUCGUCGAACAAGCGGAGCCGGGGGGCAAGCGGGUGGGGCGGUGGCCGGGCCGGCGGGACGGCGGCGGCGAGGAGGAGACCAGCAGAUGA